CGUCAUAUAUGUGAGAAUUUCCGGGUUGCACAUCUACAUUGUGUGUAAAUCGAAAGUUUUCACGCGUAUCCUUUUAGGUCAUGUCGUUGACAAUCAUUUGUCUUUUUAAGGAUGGCUAUACAUAUUUUUAUACUGAGUCAUAGUUGUUCACGUCCCGUAUGCCCCCCGCUAUUAAUUUGAGCGUCAAUUGUUGAUCGUAGCCUGCAUAUACUAGCUUUAACGGUCAUGUAACUGCUCAAUUAGUUUCAAACUUAUUGCGCUCUGCUAAUUAGCGCUGAAACUUCGCAUUUUCUGGUCCAAGUAUUGUUUUAAUGAGCUCUGCUUUGUUUAAAACGUCAAGCAGCUGAAUGACAACUAAAACAAUAUGGCGUCCAGAGACGAGAGAGAAGGACCGGUCUAUUAUCGGGAAAUACAAAAGAAUGCAUAUCUUAAACGGAUACCGAAUGACACUGGGAGCAGUAAACUUAGACCCUUAAGUAGUAAGAAAACAGUGCCUUUGAAACCAAUGUGGACCCAGCUAUGUGUGCAUAACGGCAGAACUCCUUAUUUAGAACAAUAUCCUGAAGCUAGCUGUCCGGCUACUAUGACCCAUGCACCGGUAUGGCGAGCGUGUUUAAGUGGCGCUCGUCACGUGACUGCCAGUGUGACACCCCGCGCCGGUGAUCAGUAUGAUUUCCUAGUGGAUACCGAUAGUGGGGCCGUGAGAAUGCUCGCGCCUGAUUGGGAAUCAAUGCAAGACUGGGUGACCACCCUCCGCAAUACACUCCACGAACUAAAAAUCCUAAGUCCCGGCGAGAACGUGUACUGUGCAGCCCCAGCUCCGCCCCCAGUGCCGGCCCCCCGCGCCGCCGCCAGAGACCCCACCUCCCCGCUGCCCCCCACACCGCCCACACCGCCUCACAGAGUACCCGGCAUAGAAAUAACUACAAGACCAGCACCUGAGGCUUCUCGAAACGAACCUACUCGCGUCGAACCAACCAGAAACGAACCCACGCGAGUCGAACCCAACCGGAUCGAACCCAAUCGAGUUGAACCAACUAGAAACGAACCCUGCCGGAUCGACGCCCCUCGAAUAGAACCACGCAUCGAACCAACCAGAAUAGAACCCAAUCGAAACGAACCCAACCGGAUCGAACCCACAGAACUUCCCCAGAAUUCUGACCAAGAAAAUAUAGACAUUUCUAAUUGGGAUUCUCCAUUUUCUUCCCUACCUAGUACGAGUCAAGCUAAAGUGGAACCGAGAAGUUUAGCAAAGAUAUGUGGGCAAAAUAUAUGUUUGGAUGACUCGAUUUUUAAAAGGAAAAGUGUUACGGAUAGCGAUGAAGAAUUUUUCAAAGAGAUUGACAGACUUUGUGAUGAAGAAGAAAGUGAGUUUAGACAGACGGUUCUGGUUAGUAAUGGGGAGAAAGAUGGCGUUGUUGAUAGUGGCAGUAAUCACCCAGCAACAAACAUUACAGUGAUACAAGUUUCAAAUAAGGAACCUCCGCACACAGCUAUACCCGUAAUGGGACCGGAAACGGAUGUUUUCGACUUCGAAUUCAAGCAAAAAUUAACAAUAACCGACCCCCCAAAUCCGAAUUUCGUUAAUAUAGUAAAUACAGAACAAAAUGAGUACGGAACGACAUUUUCAAAAAACGACUCAGAUUAUGGACAUUUAAGCCUAACUACAACUGUUAAUUUAACAGGCGCAAACGACUCAGAAUUUCCGACUUUUCCGACUCAGUCGACUUUUCCGACUCCGAAGUCGGAAGAAUUGUACGAAAGAUUGUGUAUGGCGUCCACUUCGAAUUCUAAACCGUCGCCUUUGCCUGUUAAAAAGUUGAAGAGUGUCGAAAAAAGUCGGAAAUCUUCGCUACCGAAUUUAGAAGUCGGAGAUUCAACUUAUGAAUAUUUGUUUUUAAGUAAUAAUAAUGCUAAUACAGUUAGUGUUAACCCUGAAGUUAAUUGCAACGGUGAUUCAAGUAGGGUUCAAGUUAGCUCUGUAACAAAUGAACCUAUUAACCGGUUAAGAUCGGUAGAACGGUCUAGGAGUCAAAAUGCGUAUGAUAGCAAUGUUAGACCGAGGGAGAUUGCUCCUAGAAGAAUACAGAAUUCUAGUCCGAAAAGAGAAAUUAAGAUUGAAAAUUCAGAACAGAGUAAUAUUCAAAAUAAGCCGAUUUGGAAGCGAGGGUUGACCGAGCUAUCUUUGCUGACUAGACUCAAAUCUAUUGGAUUGAAGAAAGAAAGUCCUACUCGACAGGAUGAUCAGGAAAGGAGUUCAUCAAAUGUCAGUUCUCCAGUGAAAGUGGUGCAUAGAUCUAGACCGGAAGUUAGGGUAGACUCAACUAGAAGAAGAAGUAGCUCUCUUAGCAAUGCACCAGAUACGUGGCAACACUACACCGGCCCGCCACACACUGACGCCCGCCUCACGCCGCUCCGCGCGCGACAAGUGUGCGCGUUCCGCGCGGAGCAGCGGCGCGGAGCCGCGUUGCCCGCCGCCGUCUCCGCUAGCACGCGGCCCGUGUUCGUUGACUAUGUUAAUCAAGUGUGGAUAGCAUGGUGGGGUGCUUGGGGCUGCCGCUGGUCGGGGCGGGCGGGUGACCGCGUGGCGGCCGUGGCCGGCAGGGCUCCGAGAGACGCCGCACAUGCUACCAGAGUUAUUACUACUGCUAGUGGACAUACGGUGGAUAUAUUAUUUCAUCGUGUACCGCUUGGCAAAAUGUACGUCAUCAACAAGAGGGACCAAGAACCUUUAGGUUUACGACUAGACAACGAGUGCAAUAUAACGCAAGCAACGCCAGGCGGUGCGUGCAGCCGCGCGGGUGUACCGCCGCCCGGAGCGUGGGCCGUCACCGAGAUCAAUAACAGACCUGUUAAUUUGAUUAGCGGUGGAGAGGACGAUAUGAAUCGACUUAGCAGACAUGGUACUGAAGUGUCGAUACUAAUACAACCAUCAGCUUUUGUGAAAAAACUACGUUCGGCACUCAAAGCAAAUAAGAGCUUAAUAGGCAUGAGAUAAAAUCUAAUAUUCAAUAAUCUCAAAAUUACUCGAACCUAGAGGCUUUUUGCUCGAAAUAUCAUCUACCUAGCCUUUUCCCAACUAUGUUGGGGUCGGCUUCCAGUCUAACCGGAUGUAGCUGAGUACCAGUGUGCCACAAGGAGCGACUGCCCUAUCUGAUCCCCUCAACCCAGUUACCCGGGCAACCUAAUUUGUCUUGGUAAGACUGGUUUUGCUCGAAAUAAUAAUAAUACAUAGUUCGAAAUAUUGUUAGAAUUGUUUCUGAAAAUUUGCUGUCUUUAUCGCACAAAUAUCAAAUUAUAUAAAUUAAUCUGAAAUAAUAAUAUACAUAUGUUGAUCUGUACUUUUCUCGUAAAAUAGUCUUUUCUUAGGUAACAUGCGAAUAUUAUAAUCAUCGGCAAGGAUAUUGAGCCCUGACCUUCACCUGCAGAAGUGAUUUAUUGGUUUAUUGCCUUGUGUACAGUGCGCAAAGCGAUCCCCACUCUUCCGUCGAGAGCUCUUUAUCCGUGCCGUUAACUAUACAUAUUUUUAUUAUAUCUCAUCCUACUCUACCUACGAAAUUUAUUUUUACUUGGGAAAUUUGUACGAUUUAAAACAUAGCUAUAACCAGCCCUUUACUAACUAUAUUUGAAAUUUACGAUUUGACAGUGUAUUGGUUAUCGUUAUAGUUAAAUGGUGCAACCCACUCUUAUUUAUGUAUUUGUUAUAGUGAAUACCAUAGAAUUAUAAAUCCGAUAGAUAAAUUAGCAAUGCGUGACAGAUAACUAUAUAGUAUGUAGUUUUUGUCCAAAACACAGGCACUUUAAAGGCCUGUAUUAGCCCGGGAUAUUUUGAAAAAGGCUUUUAAUGUUCUAUGAUCAAAAUCAAAAAAAUACACAAAUACCGAUUUUUAAUUCAAAGAAGCAAGCAAGCGUAUAUUUGCUCGCAAAUGAAAAAGUAUCUCAACUGAUAUAUUUUUUUUGGCUUCACUGGAUUGCCCAUUUAUCUACUAUUCUAUAAAUAUAGCGCCAACAGAAAUAAACGUCUUUUUGCACAGAAAUGCAAAAAUAUUUGUGAUAACAAAAACUGUAACUUUUGACAUCCAUUUUGACUGACGGCUAUGGCCUGUUAGAAUAUAAUAAGGGAUCAAUUUUUGUAUAAACACACAUAUAAAUAUUUUUUCUAUGUAAGUAGUUUUGUAGAGUUCACAUCAAAAAACGAUGCCGUUGUGAAAUUAGUUUUUAUCUUCUUUUUUUUUUAGCGACGUCAAAAAUCAUCAAAUGACCUCUCCCGCUGUGGGUUAGCAGCGGUGAGGGAGUGUCAGACUCUUACUGACUAAACACCGUCGUGUUCCGUCGUAGGCCUAUUAUGUACCAGCGCCGCGGCAACUCGCGCGAACAAUCGCGCAGCCCCGGCAGAGUUAGCUUCUAUCUGCACUAAUAUUAUAAAAAGGGAUCAUUUUUUUGUUUGUUUGUAUGUACCGUAAAGGUUCCGAAACUAGGGAACCGAUUAGAAAAUUCUUUCACUGUUGGAAAGCUACACUCUUCCCGAGUAACAUAGGCUAUAUUUUAUCUCGGUAUGGGCAGUAGUUCCCACGGAAAACGGGCGACACCGCGGGAAUAUAAUAGUGCGUAUAUGGCUAACUUCACAACGGCAAAGUUAUUUAAUGAUUAGUGAUAGAUAACUUUUAGUCGCUUUUUUUAAUAUUUACAUUUUUACACUUUGACUAUACAGAUUUUGAUAGAACUUUUUUGACCAGUUGAUAAUAAGUAUAAACGUUUGGAUGUUUAUUUUCUUAUAAAUUAAGGUUCGUGUUCAUAUUAUUUUUCUGAUUAAAAUAAGACUUAUUUUAUCUUUAAAAAAUCUCAAAAAAUGUAACCACUUGUUAAGUAAUCAUCUGCUUUGACCAACUAUAUUGGGGUCGGCUUCCAGUCUAACCGUGUGCAGCUGAGUACCAGUGUGCCACAUGGAGCGACUGCCUAUCUGACCUCCUCAACCCAGUUACCCGGGCAACCCGAUACUCCUUGGUAAGACUGGUUGUCAUAUUUACUGGCUUCUAUAAAUAUUUUUUCCCGUUUAUAAUAUUCAUACAUAUAUUUCAAGUACAUGUAUAGUUUAUUUUUUGUAGUACCUAAACAUUAAUAAAAUUUUGUAAAUUAUGUAAUAUAAUUUGAUUCGAGUAAAUAAAAAAAGCAAUGUUUAAUGUGAUAACUUGUAUAUACAUAUAUUAAUAUAGGUAUUUUAUAUGAUCUUUUUAUAGUGUAAUUUAAUUAAUUAUUUUAAAUCUUAUCCGUAUUUAACCAAAUUUAUUUAAUUUUCAGAAUUCAAUUAUCUAUAUGGUUAUCGGCACGAAUCUUGAGCUCUGACCUACAUCUGUGCAGAGGUGAUUUAUUAGCAAAGAACCAAUCCCGAGUGACGGCUAUGACGCGAUGCACUGCGGGCCAAUCACCGCUUUAGCCCGCCCCUGCGCCACACUUCAUACCACAAAAGUGACCCAAUAAAUUACUUCUGCGCAGAUGUAGGUCAGAGCUCAAGAUUCGUGCCGAUAACUAUACCAGUUUUUCAGUACUCAUAUUUGUAUUGUAACUGUUUGUAUGUCGUUAAUUGUAAAUCAAUAGAAAAACAA